GUCUUGUAUUGAAGUUUGAGGAAUUUCAGUUGAACCCGCUUUCCUGCCGACACUCACACUUGUCUAAUUUUGUGUGCUGCUUCCCUCACUCUUGUUACUCCACAACACCUGUAAUGUUUCUCGAACACACUUGCACCUUCGCCUUUUCCUAUAUAAAUGGCUUAGUGAUCUCUUUUUAUUUGAUCAACAAUUAAUCCCAAAUAAAAAACUCCUUCAAAUCAAUUAUAAAAGUGGAAGAUAUAUAGUGAUUUCCUUGAAGUUGUUUAGGGGAGAGAAAUGGCACAAAACGUUACAAGCCAAGACCAAAUGCACAAGGUAGUUGAUGAACAUGGCAACCCACAUGUUCAUGGAACUCAUGAAGGUCGUACUGUCCCUACAGCUACAGUUGGUACUCAUGAUGAUGCUAGGAAGAAAGAUCACCAUGCUGAGGGACAACAACAGCUUCAUCGUUCUGGUAGCUCUAGUUCCAGCUCUUCAGAGGAUGAUGGGCAAGGUGGGAGGAGGAAGAAGAAUAAGGGUGUAAAGGAGAAGAUUAAGGAGACGUUGACCGGAGGCAGUCAUGAUGACAAGAAGGAAACAGGUGAUCAACAACAUGCUGCACACACAACGACUACUACUACAACAACUGGUUCUGUUGGAAAUGAAGAAGAAGAGAAGAAAGGAAUGAUGGACAAAAUCAAGGACAAGAUCCCUGGCAUGCACUGAACUCUUCUAUCUCACCACCUUGAGUUGAAGCCAAUAGUCUUGUUAAGAAGUCUACGUGUUUUUGCACUUAAUGUUAUGCAUUGAGUGAACGUGAGGAUUGUGUUUUGUUGAGAUUGAGUGCAUUACAGUCAUAAAGCAUGGUGUUUCCACUUUUCUGUCGUGUGUAUAUAUGGGCCCAUGCCUGCGCGCUUCCAUAAGAAGCAAAUAUGUACGCUAUUCAUGUACGCAUGGAUAACCUUCAUGUCGCGGCUAUGUCUAUGUAUGAUCGUGUGUAUAAUGUUGUUCAAGAAAUAAAUAUAUAUGUUUUAUGAAUUA